GGUGUCCUACCAGCAGAAUCAUAUGUAUGUCAGUUGGUGCAACGAGGAUCUAGUACACGUCGACUGUGGGCAAAUCAAAAUUUCAUGGCAAUUGACACAAUAAUAUUUCCUCUCAAUUUGUCUGGGAGCCAUUGGACACUUUUGGUAAUCGACAAACAAAAAGAGAUGGUAUACUACCUUCAUCCUAUGGAAGGUCAUGUAGAAGAAGUUAUCAGUGAGGCAAGAAGAGUUGAACUUUCACAGUUUAUCAAAAGCAUUUGUGCCCUUGUUGAUCUAAAAAGUGGGUGGAACACAUCAACUUGGUGUAUUAUUCAGCCUUCACACUAUGUGCAAGAGGAUGGGUUUAACUGUGGAAUAAUUAUUUGCCUGUUUGCUGAAUAUCUGAGUCAAAAUCUUGACAUAAAUGCAAAGUUUGACAUGAGAAAAGUGAGGCAGCACGUGACUUCAACGAUUAUGGGUUCUUGCUAUGAUGACAUUUAUGAGAGAAAUAGUUUGGUAUGCAAGAUUUGCAAGAUUGAUGAUGGUGAAGACUGGUUGGGAUGA